GUUUUUUUCGCCUUCAUGGUAGAUCUGGAGGCCCGUGAAGCUUCCCAGCUGUCCAGACUGGCUCAACUGAGUGCAUCCGCCAACAAGAACCGUGACUUCCAGAACCUGUUCCAGAACACUCUCUCUGUCCAGAUCGCUGACCGUCAGAAGAUCCAGGGACAACGUCUGAGUGAACUGCAAGAGAAGGUCGCUGCGCUGAACGCUCUGAAGGAACAAGUUGCGACUCUGAAGGGUGACGCUGCAGCCCUGGAGGCCGCUCUCCAAAACUCGAUCUACCCCGCCCGCAAACAGAUCAUGUAUGACAUCAGUGACCUGCAGAACGCCGACAUUGAGCGCAUGAACAAGAUCGAAGAGGCUCAGACCAGGGCCAACGCCAUUAACGAGAGAAUCGACAACCUGUUCGAGAAGGCUUGGGGCAACACUCGCGACCUGAACAGCAUCAAGCUUGCAACCCGCAAAGCCAUCAUUUCCCUCAACAGCCAACAAUCCACUGAGACUUCCCUGGUCCUCGAUCCUAACGGUGACAACCCCAGCCAGAACGUGAACUUCCCCUUUAACGGCACCCCGCAGUUCUCCCAGGUUGUUCUCACUGGAUUUGACCUGAUCAGGACUUUCUCUGGCUACAACUCCGGCGGUUACCCCACAUUGUACGUGGGCGUAGACAAUCUCUUGAUGACCAACAUGGCCCAGAUUGACGCAGUCGACCUGAGCAGUGGUGGGUGGUCAGUCAACAACGUUACCGUCGGUGCCGAUUUCGUCUUUUUCGAUACACAGCAAUUUAGCCUUAAAAACUAAAAAAGAACUUAAAAAAUCAACCCCUUAAAGAGAUCUUUUUAAAAUGUUUGAAGCGAAAAGUGACAUUGAAUAAAGCUGCAAAACUAUGA